UGCGCGCGUCGUUGGCCGCCAUCUUGUGCACCACAUGACCUCGUUGCCGUGUCCCGUGACCAGCUCACGUGAAUUUUGACAAAUUCAAACGUUUUUCGGUGGGAAAAAAUGGAUAUUUUGGAACAGCAUCUCGAUCAGCAGGAUGUCAGCGCCGGUUCGACCAAAGAAGAGGACAGUUCGGGCAUUGUCAUCGAAGAAGCCGAGUUCGUUGACUGCGACGGUGAUGCUGUUCCUGAGGAUGGAGUGCGCUACCAAGAAGCCCUUGCCUAUAGAGUAGUUCAAGUAAAUGGUUCUUCGUCUAGUAACGAAAUAGAACUGCCUGUAGGACAGCCGACAAAUAAUACGGUACAAGUUUUGACUUCUCCUUUAAAUGGACAGUUUUAUGUAAUUGGGAACGCAAAUGAUGUGUUCACGACGGCACAAACGUCCAGGUCUUUGGCACCUAGAACUACUCUUCAAAUAGAAACACCUCGUGGUGCUACCACAGGCUUAAAAAAGAGGGAUGACAGGCGCAGAGCAACGCAUAAUGAAGUCGAACGCAGGCGCCGAGAUAAAAUUAAUAAUUGGAUCGCAAAACUAGGAAAAAUUAUUCCUGAGUGCAAUGCAAAUACCAGUGGCAAUGGAAGUAGCGGAGGCGAAGGAAAAACCAACUAUGAAACUCAGAGUAAAGGUGGAAUCCUAGCUAAGGCCUGUGAGUACAUAGGAGAACUCAGAGCCGCUAACCAAGGGUUGGGUCAGUGUGUACGAGAUAAUGAGAAGUUGCGACAGGAAAUUAAUGCAUUGAAGCAGCUAGUAACGCAACUAAAGCGAGAAAAUGCGCAACUUAGGUCUCAAAUAUCGCCACCUACGACAACGGUAGAUAACGUGCACAUCAGUUCUUAAUGGAAGGCUGGUUGUGUAAGUUCUCAUGUAAAUAGAUUAAAUUAGCAUAUUCAUUAUUGGUUAACGAAAGGGGAGCUGUACCAUUCGUCAGAACAUGGGGAAGAGGCGAUAUCAAGCUUACAACCAUAAAAUGAAAUAAUUUCAAAUUGUUUUUAGUAACAGAGUUACGAUGUAGACUGUGUCUCCGUAGGUCUUCAUUGUAAAGAGAUGUAUUAGAUACAUAUGCAAAGAUAACUUUUGUUAAGAGGGUUAAGAAGAUGAGGGAAGGCUGUGAAUAUCAAAUGCCGAUUUAAUUUUUCUAAAAGAAUGUCCGAAGGGUCGGUAUUUUCUAGAUUGAAUAUUUUUAGCCAUAACAUUUGGAAAAUGCUGUUAGAAACACCAUGGCGAUCGAGCCUUUAUGAAUUCGUUGAAUGUUUUUUAUUUUUAAUACUGUUUUCACUUCUAGGAUAUUUGUAGUACGAGAUAGGACUGAGAGAGAAUUGUGGAAUAGAUUAUAACAAUUACACAUGUGUAUAUAUAUACAUACAUAGUAUAUAGCAAUAACAUAUUUUUUCCAUGUACAAUAUUUCUUGUACGCGAGAAAUUGACGCAAGUAUAAACCAGAAGUGACUAUUGAAAAUGUAAUAUAUCGAGAUGUACAUACCGCGGGGUUAUUGUUAUAUUAUUAAAAAUGAAAUUGAAA